AUGGCCGUGGGGGAUGUGAAAGACGAGACUGCUCACUGGCAGCUGCGAUCUCUCAUUGGCGCCGUCAACGACACCGUCUACUUCCCGGCUGGCAUCGGAAACCUGCACAUCCAAGAGUUCGACACCGCGACUCGAAAAUCGGAAACGAUUGCCGAGCUCGAGUUCUCUCCGCGAUGCCUCGUGGCUCGACAGGGCUGGGUCUGCUGUGGAGGUGAAGAGGGCGAGUUUGUCGCCAUCCGGGUAAAUGCGACGCGGGGCGCUUCUAGCUCCCAGUCGCCGAGUGCUAUCGGACCAGGACGGGGACGCAGGGAGAGCAGCGAUGGCGCGGCUGCUGGAUCGACAGCGGAGAGCAGGGGCGGCGCGGUCGAGGGGAGCAGCCAGGACAGGCUGACCCAGCACCCACACCGCAUGGACCACGACCACAACCACGACCUUGAGAAUAACGAAAACAACGACAACGACAGCGACAACGAUGACAACGAACCGGGAAUGGACGACGAGGAAUACGACGACUUUGACAUGCGCAUGACCGACGCGGCAUUGCUGGUAACCGUACCGUCGCGGCUGGUGGCCAAGAGCCAAAAGUUUGGCACGGACCGUGUCAACUGCAUCACGAUAUGGACCCCGUCGAGCUUUGUGCCGCUGUGGCCGGGCGCCUACUCGUGCCCGAUCGCCGCCCUCUCCAACAACGACAAGCAGGUCACGCUUGUCAACUUGGAGACCGCCGAGGAGCUCGAUGUGCUGGAAUACCCCGACUGCGUUAACCGCGCCGUCAUCUCGCCCGACGGCCGGUUGCUGGUGGCCGUCAGUGAUGACCCGUAUCUUUACAUCCACGAGCGCGUGGAAAAGCAGAUUGGCGGCUCCAACCGUCUCGCCCGCGGCGAGGCACAGACGACGCCGGCAAAGCACUACGAGUGGAAGCUGCUGGCCAAGCAUCACCUGCGCGGCCAAAGCCGGGUCGACACCAGUGUCCACCGCGGCAGCUUUGCGGCGUGUUUCUCGAAUACGGGCCGGUAUCUAGCCGUCGCGACACAGUACGGUGUGAUCCAUGUCUACGAGACGAGCACGCUCGCCAACCCGAACACAAGCUUGGUGGCCUGCUUCAACUCGUCGAAUCCCAACGUGGACUCGGGUGCCGUGCGCGAAAUGUCCUUUUGUCCUGGCCCCUACGACCUUUUGGCGUGGAGCGAGGACCACGGGUCGGUGGGUGUCGCCGACGUGCGCAACGGCUUCGUGUCUCGACAGAUCCUCCAGUUGUGCGACGACGACGCUUAUGAGCACGUGAACAUUAACGAGGUCAUCCGCAACGACGAGUUUGAGGAAGAGCGCCAGCGUAGACGCACAGGUCAGCAGGGCGCUGGCGGCUCUGGCAAUGCGGGCGGCGGAGACAGCACGAUGAGCAACACCUUGAACGAAUCCGCCAGUCCGUCGGCAAACGACUACGACAUGACCUCGAGCGAGCAAGCCAUGCGCAUUCGGGACGCGCUGGACUGGUACCACAUGCCGACGUCGUCCGGCGAUGCACAGAACCUCCGCAGUAUGCAGAGCAUGCUGCGGCGGCAACGUUUGCUGCGCGAACAGCAGGCACUGCUGGGCCGGGAUCAGCGCGACCGGGAUCGUGACCGAGACACGUCCGACUUUGGACGCCGGGCGGCGUGGCUGCUUCGGUCACGGCCGUCACUGGGCUCGCGAGGCAUGUCGUCGGGUGCUGACAACAGCAGCGCUAUGGCCAGCGGCAGCGGCAGCGGCAGCUUGGCGAGCACCCGCAACACCGCCAGCGGUAUCAUUAACAUCCGGACCGGCACCAGCAACAGCCGCGCCCGGAGCGCCGCACGGACGCGCGAGCAGAAUGAGAAUGUGACCAUGGCAGUCAACGACAUUCUCGGCAGCCUGCGGAAUUUGCGCAACGCCCGGGAUGCGGCCGAUGUGGAGCGCCGCUGGCUGGCGCCGGCGCCGACCGGACUGCUUCAAGCCGCGCAACGCGCCAGCGCAUUCGCUGCCGGCGUCGAAAACGACGAUUCGGGCAGCGACGACAAUACCUUCACGACCCGCGACGCCGCGACUUCGACGACACGGCAACGGGAUCCGCUCUGGGGCAGCGGCGACGGCAGCGGCGGUAUCGGGGGUCAAGACGACGUAAGCAACAGCCGGACGAUGGAUAUUCUGCAUGCGUACCAGCUCGGUGACCAGCCGCCCGCCGCCACAACUCCGGCGACGGCGGCGACGACGACCAACCGCGCGUUUGGCGGCAUACCGAAUUCGACCCGGCGGGCCAACCGAAACGCGCUGCCGCUGCCGCUGCCCGACACGGUGCUCAACUCGUCGAGCCUGCUGGCGUGGGACUCGAACAUUCCGACGGCGCGGCGCGCUCGGGAGCCUGGCCCGACAGAGCAAAAGGACGGCCACACAGCCGGCCUUGCCUGGAGCGAGGAUGGGAGUAUCCUGUAUGUCGGAACUGAGGGUGGCAUCUACGAGUUCCGGGUCAACAUCAAGAGCCGGAUGUUCUAUCCGAGUGUGACGAUGCGGUAA